ACGUUUUUACAACAUUUUUAAAACAUGGAUCAGAAUUUGCCGACUCUUCAGCCCCGUCUCAUACUAGGCUUCAACCAGAACGUAUCCGGAAGCGCACAGUUUGUGACUGACGAAGACAUACUCUAUCCCGUUGGUGCAGUUGUGGCGAUGCAUAAUAUCAAUGAAAAAAAGCAGAAGUACAUUCGACUCUCGGACAGAGGCAAAAACCUCACGCACAUCUGCGUGAGUCCCAACAAGAGGUUUAUCGCUUUGGCGGAGGCGCCGCAGGGGAAGCUACCUUAUAUAACGCUCUGGGACCCGUUAAUUUUGAAGCGGAAACGCAGUAUUCAACUACCAACAGACAAAGAAAUAACCACUACUUCGUUUGUGGCGAUCACCUUCACUUUCGACUCAAAGUUAAUCAUUGGCGUAACGGGCGAUCCGGACUGGCAAAUGUAUUGUUUCAAAACGGAAACUGGGAAACUUUACUCUAGCGCAAGAGCCAACAACUUGAACGGCACCGGAAUCGUUUACCAAAUCGCCUGCAAUCCAAACGAUGUCAAUUUGUGCUGCAUUAUCGGUGACUCGUUGUUGAGAAUUAUGGCUUUUGAAAACAACUGGAAACAAAUCGGAUGGAACAAGGCGGAUAUUACGGUUUUUACAAGUUGUUGCUGGUUGUCCCAAGAUAGAUUGCUGGCUGGAACUAGCAGUGGAAGGAUUUACGUCUUUGAACAUGCUGAACUGAAGACGAUUUUCCUUCCUACUGACGAGUACAGCAUUGACAUGAAAGCAAUUGAAGAAGCGCAGGGUUCUCAAACGAGUUUGGCAAUCCCGAACUUCGCAGAAAUUCAAGAAUCGGAAAACUACGAGAUCAGGGAGUUGUUGAAUCUAUCGAAAGGUUUCGCCUUCGGAUUUAACAGCGGAAAGGUUUACUUCUUCGAAAAGGAAACGCCGACCAAAUUUAAAAGGAGGAACGUUUACUCUGUACCAGAUUAUACUAUUAAAAGGGAUACAGAUGAAAAUGUACAGUGGUCUCAAAAAAAUUUGAUAAGUUGCAUUUCCACCAAUCCUUCUCAGGAUCGACUUAUGGUAGUAACGGACCAACAACAAAUCUACAGCGUAAAACUUUGGCAACAAGAUCCAACAGAAACAAUGCAGGAAUACGGAUAUCUCCUGCACAACGGACCCAUUGGUGGUAUAUCGGUUUGCAGAUGGAAGUCGAUCGUUUUAACGUCCGGUGCAACCGACAGAACACUCAGACUAUGGAACUACGAAACCGAAGAGAUGGAACUGAUGCAGCGCUUCGAAGACGACAUUUUUUCCGUGUCGUUGCAUCCAACAGGAUUGUACGCUUGCGUCGGCUUUUCGGACCGUCUUCGCUACUUUAAUAUCAUGAUAGACGAUUUCAUGUUAGUGAAGGAAUUUUCAGUCAGGUUUUGUAGAUUGGUAAGGUUCAGCAAAAUGGGUCAUUUGUUCGCAGCGGCAAACGCCAACGUCAUCCAAAUUUUUUCGAGCAUCUUUUUCACUUGCCUUUACGCGUUGAAAGGUCACAUCGGAAGGAUUCAAGACGUAUCUUGGGCGGUGGACGAUCACAUAUUGGCCACGUGCGGUAACGAAGGUUCUGCAUAUGAAUGGGACGUGCAGAAGGCCCUCAGGGUCAACGAAUACAUCAUUAAAUCUAAUCCCUGGACUGGGAUCGCGAUGACUGCCAAUGGAAAGUCUGCUUAUGCAGUUGGUCACGAUGGUAGACUGAGGGAGUUAAGUAUGUCCAACAUUCAACGUGAAGUUAUUCUAUGUCAUGGGAAAAUUGACGCCGUUGUACUGUCGCAGUUAGAAAUGAUGCUUUUUACCUCUGCUGGCGGCGUGAUUCAUUCAGUCAAAAUUCCAUUAUUGGACAAAGCUGAAACUUUGGAAUAUGUGAUGCAUCAAGAAUUAAUACCACACAUGGCCAUUUCGUUCGAUGACCGUUUCUUGAUCACAGCUUCCUUAGACGGCAGCCUUUGUUUUUGGAAGAUAAACAGUCCUGAGGGAAAAUCUAUUAAGAUGGACCAAGACUUUAAAGUCUCCAAGGAAAUUCUUAUCUCCAAACACAUUCUAGAAGAGAAACUAACGAAAAUAAAGGAACUGGGACUUAGAUUAAAGGAGCUGGAGACUGAACAUGCUUAUCAGAUGAGACAGAGCGACGCGAUUCAUGCUAUGAAACUCAGGGACGUCCAUACAGCUUAUUGUGGUGCCAUAGAAGAUCUCAAGGAGAAAAACGACAAAAUGGAGUCAGGCCACACAAAAGUCCUAAACAAAAUCCACGAAGAAAUUGCGGUGAUGGAAGUAAAGCACGAGCAGUUCGUCAAACAACUAGAGGCGAGCUACAAUGAGAAAUUGAUUGCGGAGUAUGAUAAGUACGUGGCACUCGAAGAACGACUCAAUAGAAUACGAAAUGACUACAAGAAAGAACUGGACGAUUUGGCACAGGCCAAAACAGAUUCGGAAAAUGCGAUCACUACAGAAUUUUUGCAGAAAAUCAAAGAUAUGAAGAUUCAAUAUGAGGAGCUACACGAACUAAAUGAGACUCAGGAGAAAGACCACGAGACGAUUAAACAACAAAUCGAGGAUGAUGCCGACAUGGAGAUUUACGAAUUGAAAACGAAACACAAUCAAGAAUUGAAGGAAGAACGAGAUUUGAACGUGAGAUUGAAAGGUGAAGCAUCUCAGGCUAAGAAAAAACUGCUGGCGUCACAAAAAGAAGUUGAAGACACAAGACACAGUUUGAUAGGUUUGGAAAACGAAUUGAAAAAGUUCAAAAACCAAGUAAUGAUCCUAGAACGCGACAUACAAGAUCUAAAAAAAGAAAUAGGCGAACGAGAUUCAACUAUCGAAGAAAAGGAAAAGAGAAUAUUCCAACUUAAGAGCAAAAAUCAAGAGCUGGAAAAGUUUAAAUUCAUCUUAGACUUUAAAAUAAAGGAGCUGAAGAGUCAGAUUGAGCCGAGAGAGCGGACGAUCAUGGAACAGAGCGAGCAAAUAAGUGAAAUGGUGGCGGAAUUAGAAAAAUUGCAAAAAGUUAUCCUGAAUUUGGAUUUGAGAAUUUCCGAUAUGAGGGAGAAACUAACGGCCACAACUAAUGAAUGUGCGAGAGAAGUGGCAAAGAAUAGGAAGAUGCAGGAUGCGUUAAAGAGAAUGCGAGUGGAUAUACACAAUUGCAGUGGUUUGAUACAGAAUAUUCCAUUGUUAAUUAAAACUGUUAAGGACAUGUAUCAUAAAUAUAAUCCAGAUGUUAACUUCACUGUAAGUCAAGCUGAGGAUACCGAAGUCAAAAAUGAGUUUAUGAGACAAAGAGAAUUUUUGGAGAGAACCGCAACGAAACUACAAAAACAGGCAAUUAAAAGUACAAGCAUUUUAAGUUCAGACAAAGUACGAUUGGUAGGCGAAAACGUCCAGUUGCUUCAUGAGGCAAACGAUUUACGCAAGAACUUGAAGAUAGAGCUGAAGACCAAUUACAAGAUGAAAUCAUUGUUGGGCUUAUCCAAAUAUUUGUUACCUUCUCAAGCUCAGAAGAAGAUGGAAAUGGCUACGGCUACUAGAGAAGAAAUUCACGACAAGUACAAACAGAAACUUGAGGAGAUGAACAUUUCAAUGAAUGUCCUGAAGGAGGAGAAGUCUCGAUUGUUAAAUAAGCUCACGUGUGAAGACACUAAAGUUAUUAUUGAAGAGAAACCUAUACAAGUUUAUAAAGAGUGAUUUAUUAAUUGUAUAUCUUAAUAAAUUUAUACAGUAUUAUUA